AUGGGCCUUCCACAGACAUACAAGCGAGCGGUUUUCAAGGAGGCAGGCUCACCGUUGACGAUCGAAGAGGUCCCUUUAGCCUUACCUGGAAAGGGGGAGGUCCUCGUCAAGGUCGAAGCAUGUGGAGUGUGCUACUCUGAUCAGAUGGCUCAACACGGAAUGAUGGGAGCGGGUUUUCCUAUCGUCCCUGGGCACGAAGUUAUCGGACGCGUCGCUUCCGUUGGCGAGGGUGUAUCUGCUUUCAAAAUCGGUGAGAGAGUUGGCGGUGGCUGGCACGGAGGGCAUGACGCCACGUGUCUAGCAUGUAAGAAGGGUCUAUUCCAGAUGUGCGACAACCGAGCGGUAAACGGCGAAACAAGAGAUGGCGGAUUCCCUGGCGAGAUAAAGGUUGACACUGCUGUCAUGCUUGCAUACGGUCUGUCUGUUCAAGUGUGGCCGAGUGGCCACGCAGUUGAUUCUGAAGAAGCUAUUCAAUUUGCGGAAUUGGAGAACAUCAACUGCCUGAUAGAGACGUUUCCACUCGAAAAAGCCAACGAGGCUUACAAUGCGAUGCUCAAUGGUACUGUGCGCUUCAGGUCAGUGAUCACAAUGUAA